UCAUUAUCAUUCAUCAUUACUGAUAUAAUUUAUCCGCAGCUGAUAAUAAGUAUUUUGUUUAUUAAAAUUGAUUAAUAAUUGUUUUUAAAUUAUAUUCGCCUAUGGCACAAUUUACGUGCAGAACCAUUAUCAACAUAACAUACACUUUAUCACAAGACAUUUCAACCCGCUACCCAAAUAUUCAUCGAUUUAAUAACAUCAUUUACUGUUUAGUAGUUUGUGAGAUAUUUAAUCGUCGUUACAUUGAAUAUUUCGUAGUUUAAUGUUCGAUUUAAAUCAGUAAAAGUAGAUAAUCACAUUUUGGAAAUCACCAAUAUAGUGACGCACAAACAGUCCAGCCUUCAGAUAUAAUCUAUAUUCUUUAGUAUUACUAAUAUCACAGAACAUUAGAAGACCGAUAUCAGGGUAUAUCAUCAUUUCAUAAUAAUGUGUAUUUUAUUCGCGUUAUUUUAAACAAUUUUUAUUCUUAUUUUCCGUUUUAAUGAAAGUCUAAAGUUCAUAAACACGAAUCAAAAAAGCUUCACUAUAAAUAAUCAAACAAAUGGGAUAUAGGUAUCAUAGAUAACUAGCGAAAUAUAUAAAUAAUAUUGCACAAUUCGACCUAUUCAACCCAUUAGUGAAUAAUAGAUAUCAGCUGCAUCGUAUAAUCAGUUGAAAAGUGGAACUAUAUAAUAUUGAUACAUACACUUGUGGAGUGCAGUCAAUAUUUGAGCUUAGUACAAGACACGACCACAUAAUUCAUAUCACACAGCCAAAAUGACRGAUGAACAAUUAAUUGGAGUGAUUGAUGUCGAAUCUGAAAUUGUCAAAUUCUCCGUACUCAACCACGGCGGAAGUAUUGUGUUGGAUUCAUACAGAUCUAUCGAACUAAUAAAACCAUACCCUGGAUGGGUUGAAGUAGAUGCUGAAAAUAUUUGGAAUGCAUUGUGUGCUACUAUUAACGAGGUAAUAGAUAAACUAAAAUUAAAAAAUUUAUCUAAAGAUAACAUUAAGAUAAUUGGGAUUAUAAAUGAAAGAGAUACUGUAUUAGCAUGGGAUAUUGAAUCAAGCAAACCGCUCUGUAAUGCGAUUCAUUACACUGAUACUCGUACAGACACCAUCAUCCAAGACUGUAUAUCAAAUUGCCCAAAAGAACUUUAUGAUAUUGAAGAUGCGACUGGUUCAAAAGUAACAUCAAUGUUCAGUGGAAUUAAAUUAAAAUGGAUAAUUAAUAAUACACAUAUAAUAAAACAAUCGACUAAUAUGAAGAAUAUUAAAUUUGGAACAUUAGAUACUUGGAUAGUUUGGAAGCUUACUAAAGGUAAUUUAUAUGUGACGGACAUUACUAAUGCUUCUCGGACAUUAUUAAUGAAUUUAAAAACUUUGGAGUGGUCUCCAGAUGCUUGUCGAGUUUUUAAUGUUCCAAUUUCCUUACUUCCAACAAUUAAAAGUUCAUCUGAACACUAUGGAACUAUAGAAGAAACACAUUUAAAAGGAAUAGCAAUCGGAUCAAUAUUUGCCGAUCAUCAAGCUGCUUUGUAUGGAUUACAUUUCGAUAAACCUGGUCAAAUAAUGAGUAAUUAUGGUGAUAGUUGUACAGUAUCUUGUAUAAUAGGAACAGAAUUYAAAAGGUCUARUAAUGGAUUAAUCACAACAGUAGCAUACAAAAUUGAUAAAGAACCAGCAGUUUAUGCUUUUGAAGGUUGGACAUCAGUCGGUGGAAAAGCAAUAGAAUGGCUCAAGAAAAAUAUGAAAAUUGUUGACAAUGAUGCAGAAAUAGAAACAUUAAAUAUAGAUGCAAGUGAUGUAUAUUUUGUACCUGCUUUUAAUGGAUUAGCAGCACCACAUUGGAAACCAGAUGCCAGAGGUAUUAUAUGUGGUAUGACUCAUUUUACUAACAAAAAACAUAUAAUUCGAGCCGCAUUAGAAGCAUUCUGCUUUCAUACCAAAGAUGUAUGUGUAGCAUUUGAAAAGGAUACAAAUAUAGUUCCAUCUCAGUUGUUUGUAGAUGGUCUUUACUCUAUAUACAAUAAUAUAUUAAGUUAUCAAGCUGAUAUUUUGGGAGUAGAUGUAAUAAGCUCACAAAUGACAGACGACAUGGCAAUAUAUGGUUCAGCUAAAGCAGCUGCAAGAGUCAUAAAUAUUGUACUAGGAAGUCAUGAGUGGUCACUUAAAAUAUUAAAACCAACAACCACAGAAGAAGAACAAAAAAAUCGGUACUCAAAAUGGUUAAAAGCUAUAAGGCGCAGUACUGGUAUAUCAAAACCAUCACAACAAAAUCAAACAAUAGUUAAUCGUAAUAAUUUUAGUUCAAGCUUUUUAUCCACCGCAUACUUAAUGGCUAUGAUGGGUAUGAUGGUUUUUUCUGAUAGGAAUUAAUAUUUUGUUAAAAAAUAUGCAAUUGUUGAUAUAGUUACCUAAAUAAAAACUAUUGUAUU